GGAACGUACUCUGCGUACCCUACGCCCAAGAUGGCGCGUGCAAGUUUCUUGGUUGUGUUCUUUCUUGUGGCCCUCUGUAAUUCGAGGGCCCAAGCUUUGAUUACAGACGAGGAGCAAGCGAGGCAAUGGCUGGACCAGUACAACAGCUUGGCGGAACAUUACUAUUCUUUAGCCGAGGAAGCGAACUGGGCAUACGAAACUAACAUCAACCCACAAAACCAACAAGCGCAGGUGCAAGCCAGCUUGAACAGAGACAAGUUUAAGAAGGAGGCGUACGACAAUUCCACGCAGUUUGACGUCAACUCCUUCACAAACGAGACCGUCAAACGCCUCUUCAACAAGAUGAAGAACAUUGGGAACGCCGGUCUCAGCGAUCAGACCAAACUCAACAGGUUGACACGGCUUCUUGCCGAUAUGAAGCAAGUGUACAGCACCGGCAAAGUUCCGGACGGUGACCGUGAACUUGUAUUUGAGCCAGAUCUUACAAACGAGUUAGCGAAUAGCCGUGACUACGACCGCCUGCAGUUCAUCUGGAAAGGGUGGCGUGACGCUGUUGGACCGACGCUGCGCGACAUGUACAAGGAGUAUGUCACCCUCAAGAACGAGGCCAUCGGAGAACUAGGUUACAAUGACGUAGGUGACUACUGGCGUUCCUGGUAUGAGACCCCAACGUUUGAAGAUGACCUUGAGGCGCUGUGGCAGGAGGUCAGACCCAUGUACCUGGAACUACAUGCUUACGUCAGGCGUCGGCUGGGAGAAUUUUACGGCAAGGACAAGAUCGACGAAAAUGAUCCCAUUCCUGCUCAUCUGUUAGGUAACAUGUGGUCCCAACAGUGGAACAACAUUUACGACCUUGUGGAGCCGUUUUCCGGCAAACAACGGAUUGACGUGACAAGCGCCAUGGUGAAUAAGGGUUGGGACGCGUUGCGGAUGUUUAACGAGUCAGAGCAGUUCUUCACGUCCCUGGGACUUAUUCCCAUGACGCCUGACUUCUGGCGGGACUCCAUGAUAGUCCGGCCGGAGGGGAGGGAGGUGGUGUGUUACGCCUCGGCAUGGGACUUCUACAACAGGAGGGACUUCAGAAUCAAGAUGUGUACGGAGGUGACCCAGGAUGACCUCCAGACGGUUCACCAUGAGAUGGGACAUAUCGAGUACUUCCUGCAGUACAAGGACCAACCUGUGCCCUUCCGGGAUGGAGCAAACCCUGGUUUCCAUGAAGCAGUGGGCGACUGUUUGGCGCUAUCGGUGUCCACACCUAAACAUCUGAAGGAGAUAGGUCUCAUCGAUGGUGUACUUCAGGAAGAUGACGAAGCGGAUAUUAACUACCUGAUGAAACAGGCUCUGGAGAAGAUCGCCUUCCUCCCGUUUGCGUACAUGAUGGACCAGUGGCGCUGGAAGGUGUUCGAUGGACGAAUCACGCCCGACAACAUGAACCAGGAAUGGUGGAAGCUGAGGCAGCAGUAUCAAGGUAUCGUCCCACCCGUGAAACGAGACGAGAACGACUUUGACCCCGGAUGUAAAUUCCACAUUCCGGCAGACGUUCCAUACAUCAGGUACUUCGUGAGUUUCAUCGUCCAGUUCCAAUUCUACGAGGCGAUGUGUGACGCGUCCGGCCAUACCGGCCCGCUGUACAAGUGCGACUUCUACCGGUCACCUGAGGCAGGACAGCUCCUCGGGGACAUGUUGAAGCUGGGCUCCAGCCGACCCUGGCCCGAAGCGAUGGAAGCCAUCACCGGUAGGAGGGCCAUGUCUGCCGCCCCGCUGGUCCGGUACUUCGAGCCCCUCACCACCUGGCUACGUCAAAACAACACCGACAGUGGAACCAAAACUGGAUGGACCCGAUUCGAGCCAUGGACUUCCAGUGCUCCGAAGAUGACAGGCUCUGCUAUGGCCACCGCUCUGAUCUGUGUGCUGUGUUGCCUGUUCAGCCGUUUGAUGAUCUGAUUAAGUGAACAAAAGAUUGUCUUAAAAGCUAAGUAGUUGUGAGAUUAAAGAUGAUUGAUAAGUAACCGCAGCUUGAAAGUUCUUAAGCGUUAAGUCUUCCAUUAAGAAAAGCAAUUAUUGCUUAAGGCGACUACGAUCGAGAUACUGUUAGUACUGUUACAGUGCCAUUCCUGACUGUCUAUCAUAAUUAGCCAUUUAACCAAUGAGGGCAUGGCAGUUAGAGGUUCCACCAAUGAGCGUAUCUGCCAAAUGUUUGCAUCUUUGCUAGUGGGGCUAUUGGAUCAGUCUGUAAGAUGAGUCUUUCCUGUUGAGUCUUUCUUUUUCCAGCGUACACGUUGUUGGAUAUACAGUUUAAAUGGAAUGCAGUUGUUACGUAAUUUUAGGGCUCGGAAUAUUCCUUGUAUAAGCAAUGUGCCAAAAAAUAAAGAAACAAGAAAGCGAGUCAUCCAUGGAUAUAAGAAAAUGGACCUGUCUUUUGUGAUAAUUAUGUUAACCAUGACAUUGUCACGCGUGUGCUGAUGAACCACAGAUGCUUUUGAACUGGAGGAUGUCUUAUCGAUUUCAUACCUUGAACAAUUUGCCUCUAUACUUGAAAUACAGAAAUAGUGGUAAGAAGAUUGCAGAGUUGUUAACUAUGGAUUUGUUAGGUUUGGCGUGUGUUUGUUUAUCAGAGACUGUACUAACGUUACAUGAAGUUUUACAGGCGAAAGAUCAGAGCUUUUACUCAAA